AUGCCUUCCAUUUUUGACUUGUUUUCAUCAUCUUCUUCACUGAUCGAUCAGUCUCUCUUCUCUCUCCAACAACAAACCACCAACACGACCGAACCCAAAUGGGUCUCAGCAGGUGAAUCAACAGCCAAUCUCGUCGUUGAUGCCAUCACACUCAUUGCCUUUCUCUUGUUGUACAUUCCAACUUUGUUAAUUUAUAUUAAACGAGAGAGUUGGCUCAUGUUUUGGCAAUUAAUGACAAGUAAAUUAUGUGGAUGGUGGGGUUUAAAGAUCACUUCGAAUUGUGUUUCGAAAAGUCGAAAUCAAGAGUUGAAUCGAAAAACUCAAUCCAAAGCAUUCUUUUACGUGUUGCUUCAUUCCUUAUUGCUGUUUUAUGCCUUUCGAAUCAUUCAUGAAAUUAUUACCAUUAUUCAACAUUAUUAUGAAAUGGAAAAGAAUGCGACACUUUUCGAAACAUGUAAACAGAUUCGAAGAAUUUUCGAUUAUGCCAGUAUUUAUUGGUAUUUAUUUAAUUAUAGUUUAAUCAUGCCCAUUUGGUUAAAAGUUUGUCUUUCCUGGAUGCAAGAAGCAAAACGUAAGAAAAUUGUCACUCGUGCCAUUUACAUCCUCCUCGUCCUGUGUAAUCUGUUUGCCAUUGUUGGAUUGUCAUCAUUGGUCGUCAUGGCCAUUCUUGCUUUGGCAAAUCCUCAAGUGGAUUACGAAAAAACAAGAAGAACCUUAAUGUAUGCUGUGGCAGCUCCUUUGGGUUCAUUGGGAGUUGUUUUGGUUUUAAUUAUGAGUAUCGUGGCAGUCAUUGUCAUUGUGAAUAUGAUUCGAACCACGACAUUGGCUGAAUCGGAUCCCACGAAUCGAGAAGUUUACAUGACUCAGAAACAAACGAUUGUGAAAUUGACCAUUGCGGUCGUGAUUUUGGGAAUUGGAGUUAUUGUGAGAAUUGUUGCGGUGGCUAUUUACAGUAUUGAUUUACCGAGUUUUGUGAUUUAUCCAUUGGUGAAGGCAAUUCCUGAUGUGUUGUUUGCAUUGUGUGUCAUUUUGAUUUUCUGGCCUUACAAACUUCCAAUUUUGAGUCAUCCAGUUCAAUUUAUUAUGCAAGAUUUGAAAUUGGCCAAAGUGGUAAAGAACAAGGCCAAUGUUGAAUUGCCACCACAAAAUUCGACAUAUUCUGGAACUCGAGUCGAUGCUCUAAAGGAAGAAGUGACAAGUGACAGCAAUGUCGUAGCAAGCUCCCCAAUAUCAAUUUCAGGAGACAGAAUAUUCCCUUCUCCCAAUGUUCAUUUAUUGAGCAAGGAAAAUGCUUCAGGAAGUACCACUGUCAGCAGUCAAAAUGGUGUUUCCACUCCUGUCGGCUUAUCUUCGAAAAGUGAAUUUUCACACGCAAGUAGUAGUGAAGAAAUUGAAACAGUAGUGUAA